ACCUCUCCUUGACUUGGUAUAAAAUUCCGGCGCCGCUGCCCGAACCCACCCUAAACCCUCCGGUCCCGAUCCGACCGGAACCCUAAGCGAUCCUCCCGUCCCGCGCCGCCGCCGCCGCCGCCUCUCCUCCCACCAUCUCUUCUCGAGGUGAGAUUAGCGGAUACAUAUUAUGGGUAAGUCGAGCAAGAAGUCCGGUGUUGAGGUUGCACCUGCUGCUGUCCCGGUUCCAGAGGGGAAAUCUGGAAAGAAGGGGAAGAGGAGUGCGGAAGAUGAGGUUGAGAAGGCUGUCAGUGCCAAGAAGCAAAAGACUGUACCUGAAAAGGUCGUGCCCGCGAAGGUCAGCUCCAUUAAAGUGAAGAAGGAGCCCCCUCCAAAGAAAGUUGAGAGCAGCAGUUCUGAGGAAGAUUCUUCAGAUUCUGAAGAGGAGGUCCAGCCAAAGAAGGUUGUACAGCCUAAGAAAGGUACACAACCUGCUAAAAAGGAGUCCAGCGAUGAUAGCAGUGAUGAGAGCUCCUCAGAUGAUGAACCUUCAAAAAAACCUGUUGCUCGUUCAAAGAAACCCCUGGCUGCUAUCAGUAGCAGCAGUGACAGUGAUGAGAGCAGCUCUGAUGAGGAACCUGCAAAGAAGUCCGCUCCUCCUCCAAUGAAGCCUGUUGCAGUGGUUAGCAAUGGUUCUAAAAAGGUUCAGUCUGAUAGCAGCAGCUCUGACAGUAGCUCGGAUGAGGAAUCUGAUGAGGAUGAAAAGCCUGCUGCUCAACUAAAGCCUUCAGUUGCCUCUGUACAAAAGAAGACCCAGGAGUCUGAUAGCUCUGACAGCGAUUCUGAUGAUGAAUCAGAUGAGGAUAUGCCUGCUAAAGCUCCUGUAGCAGCAAAGAAAAAGGAAGAAUCCAGUGACAGUUCUGAUUCUGAGACUGAUUCUGACUCGGAGGAUGAGAAAAACAAUGCUAAAACAGUACUACCUGCCAAGGCUGCUCCUCAUAAAGAGAAAGAAGAAUCUAGUGAUAGCUCAGAAUCUGACUCAGAUUCUGAUGAACCUGAAAAACCUACUAUCCCUGCAAAAAGGUCUCUAGCAACAGAUAAGAAGAAUGGACAGUCCAAAGAUGAAUCUGAUGAUAGUUCCGAUGAGAGUUCUGAUGAAAGUGAUGAGGAGCCUCCACAAAAGAAGCUUAAGGAUGCUGCAUCUUCUGGUGCUGCAAAGCCUGCUACUAAGGUUUCAAAGAAAGAAAGCAGCAGUGAUGAAGAUGAUGAUGACAGUUCAGAAGAAAGCUCUGAUGAUGAAAACAAUAAAGAAACUCAAUUGAAGCUUAAACCAAAAGCAGAAGACAGUGGCAGCUCUGAAUCUUCUGAAGAAGAAAGUGAUGAGGAAAGUGACGAACCGACUAAAACUCCCAAGAAAAAGGGAACUUCUGUAGACAGCUCUCUUACUGCAACACAAUCUGCGACAAAAUCGGCACAGAAUGAACCAAAAACUCCUUCCCGCAACCAAAGCCAGGCUACUGGGUCAAAGACGAUUUUUGUUGGGAAUCUAUCCUACCAUAUAGAGCGUGAACAAAUUAAGCAAUUUUUUGAGGAGGCUGGUGAGGUUGUUGAUAUCCGUUUGGCUACUUUUGAUGAUGGGAGCUUCAAGGGCUUUGGACAUGUUGAAUUCACUACGGCUGAAGCUGCUCAGAAGGCACUUGAAUUUGCUGGUCAUGACCUUAUGGGACGGCCUGUCAGGCUUGAUCUGGCUAUCGAGAGGGGUGCAUACACUCCUGGCAGCGGGAGGGACAACAGUUCUUUCAAUAAGUCUGCUCAAAGGUCAGGAAACACUGUGUUUAUUAAAGGCUUUGAUACAUCUCUUGGAGAGGACCAGAUCCGGAGUUCUCUUGAAGAACAUUUUGGUUCAUGUGGAGAGAUUACUCGAGUUUCACUUCCAAAGGAUUAUGAAACUGGUGCAUGCAAAGGGAUGGCAUACAUGGAUUUUAAGGAUCAGGAUUCCUUGUCUAAAGCAUAUGAGCUGAAUGGAUCUGACCUUGGUGGCUUCAGCUUGUACGUUGAUGAAGCAAAGCCUAAACCUGAUAACUACAGAGAUGGUGGCUUUAGUGGUGACAGACGUGGUGGCUACAGUGGAAGAGGAGGGAGUGACAGGGGCCGUGGAGGAGGCCGUGGACGCGAUGGAGGCCGUUUUGGGCGCGGUUUUGGGCGCGAUGGUGGUCGUGGACGUGCAAGGGGUGACAGAGGCCGUGGUGGAGGCCGGGGUGGUACGCCUUACAGGCAGAGCGCUGGUACUGCUAGUACAGGAAAGAAGACAAAAUUCGGUGACGACGAGUGAAGAUUGAGCUAGGCGUGCACAUUCUUCCCUCCUGCUAUUAUAGCGAAACGAACACUUAGUUAUGAAGGUGUGGCGGGUUCGCAUAUUUAUGUUUUCUAGCUAUGUAAUCGUUUCGUAUCAGUGUGUUGUCUCGUGGACGUGGUUAGUCAGGUUUUGCAAUGCGCUGUGCGAACUCUCCGUGCUUCACAGGCUCAUUGUCAAAGUCGCAUAGACGAAUGACAGCAUAUGCUGUGCUGCAUAUCAUGGUUAUGUUCUGGACCAA